AUGAAAAAUAAUCCAGAACCCUCGACAAUUACAACUGAUAUUUAUGUUUCUCGUAAAUCGGGUUUCAAAGGUCAAUUAUUCAGAGCAAAAAAAUUAUUAUUAGAUGGAUAUCCAUCAGUAACAGUUCAUGGACUUGGAGCAGCAAUUGAAAAAUCAAUAAAUUUAGUGUUGGCUCUUAAUGAUAUUAUGCAAGAUCAAAUUAUUUACAAAACUACUACUAAUACAGUUCAAUUAAUUGAUGAUAUUAUGCCUGAUGAUGAUGAUAAAGAUUUAGAAAUUCAAACCAGAUGUAAUUCAAGCAUAUGCAUUCAAAUUUCGCUUAAAGAUGAUGUGAAAAAAUAUGUUGUUAAUAAAAACAAAACUUUCACUUAUUAA